AUGCAAGUUAUGAGUUAUCAACAGGAGGAUCAACAAGAAUACAUUACCAAUCGUAUAAAUAAAGCGAGAUUAGAAACUCGUCAAUUAUAUUCACAGAUUGAUAAAGUUAAAGCUAAGAUUCAAGAUACAACAUUAUUAGAAAGUUCAAAACAAAUAGCACCAUUAUCCAAAAAUGCAGUGAAUUUAAAACUUUUACAAAAAUUACAAGGUCAUAAUAAUAAAAUAGCUGAUAUUAAAUGGGCUCAUGAUUCAAAAUCAAUAUUAAGUGCAUCACAAGAUGGAUUUUUACUUAUAUGGGAUCCAGUAACAGGAUUAAAAUUGAAUGCAGUUCCAUUAGAUUCACAAUGGGUUUUAUCAUGUGCAUAUUCACCAAAUGGUCAACUAGUUGCAAGUGCAGGUCUAACGAACAAUUGUACCAUUUAUAGAAUUGGAUCAAGUGUACGGGAUGAUUUCCAAUUUCAACAAAGGAUAGUAUCUAUACUUAAGGGGCAUACAUGUGGUAUUACAGCUUGUGAUUUUGUUGAUAAUGAAGAGAUUUUAACUGCAAGUGGUGAUAUGACAUGUGCAUCAUGGGAUUUAAAUAAAGGUAAUAAAAAAGAUGAAUAUUUAGAUCAUCUUGGUGAUGUUUUAUGUAUGGAUAUUGAUAGAUCAAAAGGAUCUAUAAAUUUCGUAUCAGGUGCAUCGGAUGGUUAUGCUAGAAUUUGGGAUAGAAGAGGUGCAAGUCUUGAACAAAGUUUCUUUGUGAGUAAUAGUGAUGUUACAAGUGUUAAAUUUUUUAAAGAUGGAAAUUCAAUAGUUACAGGAAGUGAUGAUGGUAUUAUAAGAUUAUUUGAUUUAAGAGCUGAUUGUGAAUUGGCAAGAUACUCAUUACCGAGAGCUAUACAAGAAUCAAAUAAAGCUAAUCAAACAUUUUUAACACCAAAUACACCAUCACCAUAUGGAAAUUAUAAUUUGACACAAAGUCCAUAUUCAAGACAUCAAUCAACUGCAUCUAUAUCAAAUUCUUUAAAUUCUGCUAUUGAUAGUUCAGGUGUAACAUCAUUAGAUUUUAGUUCAUCAGGAAGAUUAAUGUAUUCAUGUUAUACAGAUCAUGGUUGUAUGAUAUGGGAUUUAUUAAAAGCUGAGAUUGUGGGUAAAUUGGAAGGACAUAGUAAUCGUACAUCUCAUGUUACAGCAUCACCAAAUGGAUUAGCAGUUGCAACUGCUUCAUGGGAUACAACAAUGAGAGUUUACACCCCAUCUUAUGUAUGA